UCGUGGACGACAAAAGAAGCUGCUUCAUCUCUCUCUCUCUCUCUCUCCAAACUCCAAUUCGUUUUUUUUCCAGUUCGAAUCUGAACAAAAGUUGGUUCUUUCUCUUGGUACCUGGAAUCUCAAUUCCCCUCCUUUCUUUCUGGGUAUAGCAAAAGUUUCUGGAUUUCUCGUUUUCUUUUUCCAUUCGUUCCUUUCUCAGUAUAGGAUUCAAGGAUUUUUGUAGUUUUUGAUUACUCCUUAAUUCUUCCCUUGAGAAAAUUGAGUGGAGAUGGGCUGUUUCUCGUGUUUUGAUUCGAGUGACGAUGAGACGCUGAAUCCAGUGGAGGAAUCCAAGGGUCAGAAACAAUCCCAACCGACAGUAUCCAAUAACAUAUCUGGACUCCCUUCAGGUGGGGAGAAGCUUAGCUCAAAGAGCAAUGGAGGGUCAAAAAGGGAGUUAUUGCUUCCAAGGGAUGGGCUUGGACAAAUUGCUGCUCAUACAUUUGCUUUCCGUGAGCUCGCUGCUGCAACUAUGAACUUCCAUCCUGACACUUUCUUAGGCGAAGGUGGUUUCGGACGUGUCUACAAAGGAAGGCUUGACAGCACCGGUCAGGUUGUUGCUGUUAAACAAUUGGACAGGAAUGGUCUACAGGGUAACAGAGAAUUUCUGGUAGAGGUUCUUAUGCUCAGCCUUCUUCAUCAUCCCAACUUAGUCAACCUUAUUGGCUACUGUGCUGAUGGAGAUCAACGCCUCUUGGUUUACGAGUUUAUGCCUUUAGGAUCACUGGAAGAUCACCUCCAUGAUCUUCCACCGGAUAAGGAGGCCUUAGACUGGAACAUGAGAAUGAAGAUAGCUGCUGGUGCAGCAAAAGGUUUGGAAUUCCUGCAUGAUAAGGCAAACCCUCCGGUUAUCUAUAGAGAUUUCAAGUCAUCAAACAUUUUACUCGAUGAGGGUUUCCACCCAAAGCUUUCUGAUUUUGGGCUUGCUAAACUCGGACCAACAGGAGACAAAUCUCAUGUCUCCACUAGAGUCAUGGGCACUUAUGGUUAUUGUGCUCCCGAGUACGCAAUGACCGGUCAGUUGACAGUAAAAUCAGAUGUCUACAGUUUUGGUGUGGUUUUUCUCGAGCUCAUUACUGGUAGAAAAGCAAUAGAUAGUGAGAUGCCUCAUGGAGAACAAAACCUGGUGGCCUGGGCUCGGCCAUUGUUCAACGACAGGCGAAAGUUUAUAAAACUGGCGGAUCCUAAGUUAAAGGGUCGGUUUCCAACGCGUGCACUAUACCAAGCAUUAGCUGUGGCUUCAAUGUGCAUCCAAGAGCAGGCGGCUACACGUCCUCUCAUAGCAGAUGUGGUCACUGCACUCUCCUAUCUUGCAAACCAAGCUUAUGAUCCAAACAAAGAUGACAGUAGGAGAAACCGUGAUGAAAGAGGGGGAAGGUUAAUAACAAAGAACGAUGAAGGAGGUGGUUCGGGAAGUAAAUUCGAUCUAGAAGGUUCCGAGAAGGAAGAUUCGCCGAGAGAGACAGCUCGGAUUUUGAACCGAGAUAUCAAUAGGGAGCGUGCAGUUGCAGAGGCUAAGAUGUGGGGAGAGAGUUUGAGGGAGAAACGUAGACAAAGCGAGCAAGGAACCUCAGAGAGUAACAGCACCGGGUAGAGCCGUUUUGGGUCUUAACCCUUUUUUUUGUUCUUAUUUCUCAAACUCUCAUUUAUUCUGAAACAUAGAUAAAAAAAAAAAAAAAAAGAGAGAACAGAAAAGAAAAAAACAUUGGGAUGAAGAGUUGCUGUACAUUAUAUGUGAUGUUGCAAUAUGGGAAAAAAAAAAAGAUGACUCUUUUAAUAACCAAACUCUAAUUGAAGAUACUGGAGAGUUGAUGUUCAUGUAAAUUGUUGUAGACUUUCUAUUUUUGUUUUUUGACAAAGAGAUUUUUGAUG